CCGAGAUGGUUUACUUUAAGAAACCCUUGAAAGGCUUCGUUUGCGACCCCAACACGAGAUAGCUUUCAAAUCUAAAAAGUAACAUUUUGAUCGAGAUUUGAAUGAUGGACAAAACUUGGGAUGUUAUCGUUGCUGGCGCUGGCCCAGUAGGGCUUUUUCUCGCCUGUGAAUUGGCCACAGCUGGUGUGUCGGUGCUUGUACUGGAACAAGAGACUGGCCCGGAGUCGCCUUGGAAGGAGGGAUUAUUUGGUCGUCGUGGUCUAUAUAUCCCUUCAGUCGAGGCAUUCUAUCGUCGUGGCAUGUUAAAGGAGAUCUUCGGUGAGGACGAGCGCCCGACGAAUUUCCAGAAGACCGAAGGAUUUCAGUUUGGGGGACACUUUGCUGGCUUGGUACUUAAUGCCAACAACAUCGACUUUUCACGAUGGCCUUAUCACUUACCAGGACCGUCCUUUCUGCCUGGUCCAACUUCUCUCGGACGUCUCGAGGCUGUGUUGUCCAGACGCGCAGAGAUGCUCGGUGUACACAUCCUCAGAGGUAUGGAUGUCUCCCGGCUUACAAAUGGAGGUGAAUCAGUACAGGUAUGGACCGGCGACCAGCUUUUUACGGCGCAAUGGCUCGUCGGAUGCGAUGGUGGACGCAGCACGGUUCGCAAAGCUGCUGGAUUUGAGUUUGUCGGGACGGAAGCGCAGUUCACUGGUUAUAUUGCGACGUGCGAUCUCGACAGACCGGAGUUAUUAAAGCCAGGAUUUACGCACACAAACACGGGGAUGCAUAUAGUUAGUGGGCCUGGACAGCUUCAUGUGAUUGAUUUUGAUAGGGACUUUGACCGGUCACAACCUAUCACGCGGGAACACUUCCAAGAAGUAUUACGACGAGUGUCAGGCACAAAUAUCGUCGUCGAAGCACUUCACUUAGCCUCAUCGUUCACCGAUCGCUCAAAGCAAGCAACAAAGUACCGCAAAGGACGUAUCCUCUUGGCCGGCGACAGUGCCCACAUCCACUCUCCAUUGGGCGCUCAAGGAUUGAGUACGGGCAUUGGCGAUGCGAUGAAUCUCGGCUGGAAGCUUGCUGCUACCGUCAAGGGGGUUGCAUCUCUUGGCCUACUGGACACUUACCAUCAAGAGCGACAUCCAGAGGCGGCACGGGUGCUUGAGUGGACUCGCGCGCAAGUAGCGAUAUUACGCCCUGAUCCAUAUGGCCAGGCCAUUGCGAGCCUCAUGCGGGACAUGGUCAAUACACAAGAUGGAGCCACCUACAUCGCCGAUCGCAUCUGGGGGCUUUCACUGCUCUACGACCUAGGCGAUGCACAUCCACUCGUAGGCUGUAGCGCUCCAGACUUUGAAUUCCAUGAUGGGUUGCGACUCGGAGCUAAGUUAGAGACAGGCUCCUUCCUGGUGAUUGACUUUGGGAGCAACGGCAAGGUGGCAGCGUUUGUGAAGUCCUUGCGGCCCAUGGUUGACUACUCUGGGCACUAUGCAAAGGAGACAUUCGGGCUGAAGGGUUUACUGGUGCGACCUGAUGGUGUCGUCGCAUGGGUGUCGACGGACAAGAUUGACAUAAGACGACUGCAAGCGGCAUUAUCCCGUUGGAUAAGUCUCCCCGGACUUGAUGUCUGAAGGCAAUACCUCUUGUUUGAACCAAUAGAAGGAAUUGACUGCAUAACAAAACUCAACGAACCAGCUUGUCUACU